AUGGGCAACUCGCAGAGCGCUUCCACCCUCAAUGAGCCCGCAGUCGAGAAGCUCCUGGUCCAACAACUCCAACAACUCCGCACCCGCGAUAAGCUCUCCCAGGUCGAAAUCGACCACGACUACGUCCAAGUCGAUGCCGAAAAAGGCAUCCCGCAUUGCUACUCAACCGACCCUUCUCUCGACAUCAAAGCCGCUGCAGAAUGGGAACGGGAACUGCUCUCCUCGCCCAAGAACCGCCUCGCACUGAAUGCACUGCUCUCGAACGAUAUCCGCUCCGUUAUCAGCAACAAGAUCGCAACUCUGCCCGACACACAAACAUUCAACGUGAAGAUCCCAUUUGAAGGGUCCCCCGUGACGAACCAACGGUUGUCGGGACGAUGCUGGCUGUUCGCCACGACCAAUGUGUUGCGUGUGCCGAUAAUGAAGAAACACAACCUGAAAGAGUUUGAAUUAAGCCAGUCGUAUUUGUUCUUCUGGGAUAAGAUGGAGAAGGCAAAUUGGUUUCUCGAGCAGAUGAUUGAGACAGCAGCUACGGACUUGGCAGAUAGGGAGGUACAGGAGUUGUUGAGUGCCCCCGUCAAUGAUGGCGGGCAGUGGGACAUGGCCAGUAACUUGGUGGAAAAAUACGGAUUGGUUCCGCAGAAGUUGUACCCCGACAGCUACAACGCCAUGAAUUCGUCGGCCAUGGGUUCGAUUCUGACCACUAAGUUGCGGGAAGACGGUCUUGCUCUCCGUGCCCUUGUCCACAACGGAGUCUCGUCGUCCAAAACCAGGCGGACGACCUCGCUGGCACUGGCAAAAGAAAAGAUGAUGCGUGAGAUCCACUGCAUUCUGACGCUCAUGCUGGGUCCUGCCCCCAAACCCGAUGAGAAAUUCACCUGGGAGUUCUACGACAAGGACGAAAAGUACCAUAAAAUAACCAUGACACCGCUUGAACUGGCUAAAUCACUCUCCGCUCCCAGCGUGGUGAGGAGCUUUGGCGGUGCCGACGUCUCCCGUAUGUUCAGCCUGGUCAACGACCCCCGCAACAAGUACAUGUCUCUGCUCACCGUCGCACGCCUGGGCAACGUCGUCGGAGGGCGGCCGAUAACCUACGUCAACGUCGACAUGGCCACAAUGAAGAGAGCUGCGGUUGCCAUGCUCCGUGCUGGUCUGCCGGUCUUCUUUGGCAGCGAUGUAGGCAAGUUCUCCAAUUCCCAGAGCGGAAUCAUGGAUCCGGAGCUGUACGACUACGGCCUGGCCUUCAACAUCUCGCUCAACCUGUCCAAGUCUCAGCGCCUCAAGGUGCGCGAAUCCGCCAUGACGCACGCCAUGGUCUUGACGGGCGUCCAGAUGGAAGACGACGGCAAGGGCCGCGAGAAGAGCGUGCGGUGGCGCGUGAUGAACUCUUGGGGCGAAAGUGCCGGCGAGCAGGGCUAUUUCGUCAUGACGGACAAGUGGAUGGACGAGUUCGUGUAUCAGGUCGUCGUGGACCCGGGCUUUGUGGCCAAGGAGGUGCGCGAUGUCUUGAAAGGCCAGCCGACCGUGUUGCCGCUGUGGGAUCCGAUGGGGGCCUUGGCGUGA